GUACAGUUGCUGUAUUAGCAAGCGCGGCUAGCAAUGGACCGGUCAGAUGGAGCAGUGUGGAGGCCACCCCGAGCCUGUGAUGACUACUGGAGUGAAUUUAAACACUGCAAAAGCUUAAGGAAUUAUUUUCACCACUACUACACUUACGGUAACACCCCAUCCUGUGAGCAGUGGAAAGAGGACUACCAUAACUGCAGAGAGUGGGAGAAACACAGAGGCACUGAGGCUAAGGAGGCCUUGCUGAGGAGUGAGAGGAACAGAGUGGCUGAGCAGAAAAAUUUCACUCCAGUGUGGGAACUAAGACGAGGCCCUCCUAGAGACUGGCACUUGCCCCUGGAUGAGGAAAAGCCUCAGGACUCCUGAACUGUCACUGGUCACCUGUCUCUUUUCCACUAAAGCAAAGUGAAAUGAAGAUUCAAGAUUCUUAUCACUUAAAAGACUUCAUAAAAUUGCUCAGAGCCCUGAGCUGGAGAGACUCGUCAUAACUCCUUUUCCGUCUCAAGCUUUCAGUGAGCUGCUGAAUGAAAAAAGAUUGGUAACAGUGAUAGCAGCAUCUAGUGGUCAAUAAUGAGGAUGACUGCAUGUAUUCAACCAGCGAAUUACAAUAUGAUCUCUGCAAAGGCAGUGUCGUUUUUUCCCCGUCAUAUAUAUUUCUCCAAAGCUUGUAAAUUGAACCUUUAAGGCUGACCUCACUCAGAGACUCACUGUAAAUCAGUCUUAGGAUAAUUGCCUUGCUUGUCUGUGUGUAGUGUUGGUAAAGGGCAAUAUUGGGUAACAUUAUGCCACAGGUAUAUUUUAAGAUUCUAUGUAUUUCAUCCAAGUAAUGAAAGAUCUAUCAUGUAUUGUUCUGAUCAGGGUUAAAUUAAAAUAUUGAAGCUCCAUUAGGAUGCAUUAAGACUUAA